AUGACGCGACACAGAGGCGGCGGCGCGGCAGGGAACGGGGGGCAACCACCAGUAGUGAGAGAACGAGGGACUAGCGUAGAUCUAACUGAUGUCGAGGAGGCGCCUUCCGCCAUGACCAUCACUGGCAGUAUGAACGAAGAAGGCCUAGGCCUCUUGUCGUGGUGGGAAUGAGGGUUCACUGUUGGCUAGCGCUGUUGCUGUUGUGGCGCUAGUGAAGGUUCACCCUGACGUGGCGCCUUCGUUGUCAUGGAGUGAAGCUCAACCAUCAUUUUUGGGCACCACGGUCGUGGUGGUGGGAGAGAGGCGGCUUCACCCUUGUUUUGCGCUAUCGUUGUUUUGUGGCGCCAGUGAGGUUUUACCAUCUGUUUGGGCACCACCAUUGGCGUGGUGGGAGUGAGGCUUCACCCUUAUUUGGCACUGUCAUUGUGGUGGUAGGAGUGAAGCUUCGCCCUCAUCCGAAACCGUCGUGGUAGUGGUAGGAGUGAAACUCCACCCUCUUUGCUUGUCACCAUCGUUGUGGUGGCCGAGUGAAGCUUAACCUUUAGUUGGUAUUGCUGUGAUAUUCGUGUCGAGAGUGGAGCUUGCCUUUUCUAGGCACUACGGUUGUCGCAGCUAGAGUGAAGCUGCACCCUCAUUGGGGCACUAUCGUUGUCGUGCAAGUGAAGUUUCGCCCAUUUGACAUAAUGAUUGUGGUGGUGGGAAUGAAGCUUUGCCCUGAUUUUGCGAUAUCGCUUCCGAGCUGGGGCCAAUCAUUGGUUUGGUUUCUGCUGAAUGAUUGUUGACCGCGUGCCAUAGAGGCUUCGACGUGUGAGAAUAAUUUUUUUCUUUUUGUGCCAAGAGCAGAAUUCUCGUGAACAAGGCGGAUGCUGGUGUGUGCGAGUCUGUUCUAAAUACUUUGUACCACGGUGGGGGUACGAAACAUUCAUGUAGUCUAGGUUGCUCAGCUUUGUUUCCUACACAAACCACCGUCCAUUGACCUGAUGUGGUCGACGGUGGCGACGAAAAGAAUGGACAAGGACCCCGAAUUCGAUGUUUCCAUUUGGAUAUUUCUCAGCUUACCGGCGGGCCCGUUCUGUUCAGCAGUGCAGCAUGUUCCCGUCAAGAUCGGGCGAUGCAUGAUCCCAUGCGUUACCUACACCGUGAAGGCGCUCGCUCGCCGUCGCACGCCGUAAGAGCCACUGUACGUAGUUCCACGACGACCAGCGGGUGGUUUAUUGAGGUAGAAUCUCGUCCGUGGGCGCGUUCAUUGCACGGAGAGGUGCUCACCGCUACCGUACUUCCUGCUGCAGUUGCCGGGCAUAUCGUUCCCUGGGCGAAUAAUGAGCUUUGGAGCCAGCUUAUGUAGACUACACGAGGGUGUUCGCAAUGACUUGCUUUUAUCGUGGGUGCAGCAGUUGUCAAGUCGAACUAUCUUGUUGGCAGGAUACAGCAGACGACUUUGUAGUCUAUCUAGACUAAUACGUC